UUUUGCGUUAUUACGCAAUAAUUUCGGGACUUUUACUUUCGAUUCCUGGAAAUGAAAAAAAAAAAAUAUCAUCAGUUUUCCACGUAUUUUAAGAUUCUAUAACUAUGCUUGAGUAAUUUUGUACUGACCAUCAUUUCUAAGAAAGCAUAAUUAUGCCUUAAAAGAACUGUGAACUAUCAAAGUACUAAAAGUGUGACAUAAUCUGGUAAUUUUAGAGCAAGCUGAGAAAGAUAAAAAAGAAAAAAACAAGAAGAAGAAAAGAACGAAGUCGUGAAAUAUACGAAUAAUUUGAAGAUCAUAUAUGAAGAUUGUGACAGCACACUACAAACUUUCGUUUUGAAUGACAAUUAACAGGUGAUGUGGUUGGUUCGUCGUUACACGUGACUGAGGGCCCCCAGACCCCCCGCUUUGCCCCCUGCUAUCAUCACUGUUGUAGCCUGCUACUUCUUAAACUAUUGAGGGCGCUGCCUGGAUUAAGUUACCUUCAUAGCAGACACUAGCUGAAACUUUCACAAUGUCAAUGACUCGAAGAAGAUGGACAGAAGAAGAAAUACUUUUAGCAAUGAAGGUCAAUGCUCUCAUUCUUGGACAAGGGAGACAACUGGGCAUCCGCAACUUAAAGAAGGAGCUGAAAAGAAACUAUAGAAUUACAGUACGAAGCAAAGAACUUUUACAUCUAUUGGAAGAAUUUCACAACAAUUUUGGCAUAAAGAGGGGAGUAAACCAAUUGGUAAAUGUCUUGGUGAUUUCCAAAACAGAUGUAUCCCGAAUCAAAAUUUGUACAGAAUUCGCUAAGAAGGGUGGAAGUUGCCGUAGUGAUAUGGGCGAAUGUGGAGGUUUGCAUAUCUGCAAGUUUUUCCUGUUGUCUGACUGUUGUAACUUUGGUCCAAACUGUUGUUUUGGACAUGAUUUUGGAACCGUGCACAAUCACAGUGUAUUGAAGUCACAUUUUAUCAAUUCAUCUGAUAUUAGCAUCGACAAAUUGAGAGAUUUGUUCCGUCGAAUUGAAAACAGGAAUUUUUCCACCAUGCCCGAUACGUGUAAGUUCUACAACACUUCGAAAACGUGCAAAAAUGAGAAUUGCAAAAGUCUGCACCUGUGUCGUCAUUUUCUGGAAGGAUGCUGCAAGUUUGGUAAUAGCUGUAUGAGAAAUCAUGAAAUCCGUGAUGCCACUGUCCUUGAAAUCUUGGACCAUUAUGGAUUUGAUGUGUGCCAGCAAAAGGAUCAGAUACUAAAAGAUCUGAAAUCCUUUUACAUAAAAAGAGUGUCUGAUGUAAGUCCUUCAGAUGGAUUUGGGUCAGCAUCUUCAGUUUGUAACUCGGACCCAGACAGACUGUAUUGCGGAGGAAUAGAUCUAACUUCUGGAGAAGAAUUUGAAUUCGGGAGCAUGGGUCAUGAUCCAGAUGAAGGCAGAUGGAAUUGUACAAGGACAGAGAUGUUUUUUGAUGACUCUGAUGUAACUGUAGGCAGAAGGAAGUCUGAAAGGACAGACAUGAAUUUUGAUGAACCAUAUACGAGGAAACUUAACUUUGGAAUCACAGACAUGACUUUUGAUGAUCCUGAUGUGGGCAAACGUAUCUUUGGAAUCACAGACAUGACUUUUGAUGAUCCUGAUGCGGGCAGACAUAACUAUGGAAUCACAAACAUGACUUUUGAUGAUCCUGAUGCAAGCAGACGUAACUUUGGAAUCACAGACAUGACUUUUGAUGAUCUUGAUGCGGACAGACAUAACUUUGGAAUCACAGACAUGACUUUUGAUGAUCCUGAUGCAAGCAGACGUAACUGUAGAAUCGCAGACAUGACUUUUGAUGAUCCUGAUGCAAGCAGACGACCCCGUAGAAAGACAGAUGUAUCUUCAGUAAACAAACGUAGAUCAAGAACCUUUGGUUAUGACCCAGACUGGAGUAGGCGAGACAGGAGAUUAAAUGAAAUAUCCCAAAGAAGGCAAGGCACACCUUAUGACAGUUCUUGUUCAAGGGACAGAUCCAGAAACAGAUCCACAGAAAGAUCUAGAGGACAGUAUAGCUUGCCUUAUGACAGGGGUUUGUACUCAAGGGACAGGUCCAGGAGCAGAUCCACAGAAAGAUAUGGAGGAAGGCUUGGUACACCUUAUGAUGGAGGUUCAUAUUCAAGGGACCAAAGCAGGAGCAGCAGGUGCACAGAAAGAGGUCAGGCUAGAAGGAUCUCCAGAGAUGGAAGAUAUCAGAUGCCUGCAACACAGCAGAACUCUUCAAAUACACCUCCAGCAUCACAAACCAACUCUUCUAGUACUUCAGUAGCAAAACAGCUAAACUCUUCAAGAACUCCUCUGGCAAAAGGACAAACCAACUCUUCAAUUAUUUCAGCAAAAGGACAGAACUCUUUAAAUAGUUCUCCAGCAAAAGGACAAACCUCAUCAAGUCCUUCUCCAGCAAAAGGACAAACCUCAUCAAGUCCUUCUCCAGCAAAAGGAAAAACCUCUUCAAAUAUUUCUGCACUGAAAGGGCUAAACUCUUCACGUCCUUCUCUAGCAAAAGGACAGAACUCUUUAAAUAGUUCUCUAGCAAAAGAUCAAAACUCUUCAAACACUUCUCUAGUGACAGGAAUCACCUCUUCAAACGUGCCUUCAACUACAUGGCAAAACUCAAAAACUUCUCUAGUGAAUCGUCAAAACUCUUCAACAUGGCCUCCCACAGCAAUGUCAACGUCCAUCUCUAACGCAGCGAAAGAACCAUCCCUGACCAUUUGCAUCCAUGAGCUGCGAGGGAAGUGUCUCUUUGGAAGUGUCUGUAAGAACCAGCACAAGCCGAUGAUCUACCAGUGGCAGUGGAAGAGUCACGGUGAUGCCAGUUGGAUGGAUUUCAACAAAGAAGAAAACCUGCAGCUGGAGAAAGCCUUCUGUCAAGUGGACAACAUGGAAUGCUACUUGGAUAUGAGUGGCGAUGUUGUUAAGAUCGACUUUAUAUCUAUGAGAGCAAGUGGAGACUACUUUGGAGGGGCUGUUCACCGGUUAAGCACAAUCUCAUCAAAGAACGCUCACACUGGCAUUUACAAAUGGACGACAGUUUGGCACUGGUACUGGCAGGAUGAUGACAAGAAAUGGAAGGAAUAUGGAAAAGCAGACAAAAAUGGCCAGAAAUCUGAGGCUAGGAGUGAUGCAAUUGAGGAAAAGUAUCUGGAAAACCCAAAUGGAUCGUUUAAGUUCAGAAGCGGUGAAAUUGAUUACCUCUUGUUGUUUUCGAAAAUGCAGCAGAUAAAUAUCAAAACAAUGACAUCACGUGAUGUUCAACGAAGACCUACGUUCUUCACCCGUUCAGAUAUCGAAAAGAGAACGUUGAUUGUUUCCCCCGACACCUCCAUGUCUGUUAAUGUGCCGAAGGAAUGGACAGUGUCUGGACAAGAUCUCUUCAAGCAUUACCAAGAGCUGGAGGUUUCAAAAGCAGCACAGGAAUUCCAGGAGAUGAACAAACUAUUUCGCAAGACGUUGCCACACAAAACCAUAACAUCACUGAAGAGAAUUGAAAAUGGGGAACUCUGGAAUAGUUUUUGCCAGAAAAGGGAACAGAUGAAAAGAAGACUCGGGAAAGAAGUUGAUGAACGGCCACUUUUCCAUGGUACGCAUAGCGACAACAUCAAGGCAAUCUGUCGUCAGGGAUUCGAUUUCCGAUUCUGCGGUAAAGCCGUCGGAACUCUCUACGGGAAAGGAAGCUAUUUUGCGACUGAGUCCAGUUACUCCGAUGGCUACACAGGUGGCUCAAACAUGAUGUUUGUGGCUCUGACACUAGUUGGCGAUUUUGCACGAGGAAACCCAUCGUAUUGGCGAUGUUGUGAAGAUCGACUUUAUAUCUAUGAGAGCAAGUGGAGACUACUUUGGAGGGGCUGUUCACCGGUUAAGCACAAUCUCAUCAAAGAACGCUCACACUGGCAUUUACAAAUGGACGACAAUUUGGCACUGGUACUGGCAGGAUGGUGACAAGAAAUGGAAGGAAUAUGGAAAAGCAGUUUGAUCGCAGUUGACUCUCCAUUGGGGAAAUAAAACUUGGAACCAUGGAGAUUCUUUACCAGCCCGAGACUAUGUUUACGCAGCAGUCAGGUGUGUUGGCCCAGGGGUCUCUGCAUCAACAAGGACUGUUUG